UUCCAGUCGCUUGGGAUCCCUUGGAUAUUUUCUAGAGUCGACCUCGUUCGCCGCCGAUGAUGCUGCCGCCUCCGUCUCCUCAUCCUUCGUCCGCCUCGUUCUCCUUCCUCCCGAUCCCUUCGCCUUCUCUCCGCUCCUUAUCCCUUCACCCUCACCUCUUCCGGCCUCCUCGCCUGCUCGCCUCCGAUCAUCUCGACGUCCCUUCGCCGGCCAGCGAGAGAGAGAACCGGCCACCCUCCUCUGUGCCUCCAUGGAUCCUUGCCGACGGAGCUGACUCGCUCAAGAUGCCCACCGCUCCGUGGAUGUCCUCCCCACUUGUCCUCCCCCGGGACCAAGUUCUGGACCCCUCGAGCCCUCGUAGAAGCGCCAGGAGGAAGCACAAGAACGAUGGCCGCGCCGAUAGGGACCUCACUGAAAAAGUCAGAGGAGGUCGGAGUCGCUAUGCUAUGCUCGGAAUUAUUAGAAACAUCAAGAGCCUCCGCGAGCUCCAUUCGCUGGAGGCGGAUGACGAGAAACCGACCUCUUCCGGUGUUUCUGGUGGGACCCAGGUAGUGGAUCUCGACAUCCCACUUGGAACAGGAGAUUCUGGAGCCGGUCGGAGGAUUCCGUGGGUUUCCGCGGAGGUGGAUAAGCUAGUGUUUAGGAGAGAGAAGAAGGUGAAGGAGAUAACGGCGGCGGAAUUGGUGCUUGCUCCUGAUUUACUCUUUCGACUGCGAGGCGAAGCAAAGAAGAUGAAGAAGUGGGUGAAGGCCAAGAAAGCUGGCGUGACGCAAGUGGUGGUGGAGGAGAUUCAGCGGGGUUGGAGGAAUGAUGAGCUUGUCAUGGUUAGGAUUGUGGAACCCCUCCGGCGAAACAUGGACAGAGCUAGGGAAAUUGUUGAGACAAAGACUGGAGGUUUGGUUGUAUGGAUAAAGAGAGAUUUCCUAGUUAUCUAUAGGGGAGAAAAAUAUGGAAUGAUUCUUCAUACCCCUAGUUGCUAUAAUGCUGUUGAUCAAGUGAAUCUUGGCAUAUUUGACAGUAAUCGUGCUAUUUUUUCAGUAAAUUCUGGUGGAAUAAUGAAGGAUAUGGAAAAUAAUAUUUAUCUAACCAACAAGAAUUCCGUAACUCAACAUCCAGUUGAAGGAUCUCUUUAUGAGAGAGAAGCAAAUAGAUUAUUGGAUGGAUUAGGUCCCCGGUUUGUUGAUUGGUGGUGGCGAACGCCGCUGCCUGUGGAUGCUGACCUACUCCCAGAAGUUGUUCCUAGUUUUAGGCCUCCAUUCAGGAUGCGUCCCCCUGGUAUAAGAGUAAAGUUAACAGAUGAUGAGUUGACCUAUCUGCGGAAACUUGCCCGUUCUUUACCCACACAUUUUGCUCUUGGUAGAAACACAAAACUUCAAGGCUUGGCUUCUUCAAUAAUAAAGCUUUGGAAGAAAAGCUGCAUAGCUAAGAUUGCAAUCAAAAUAGGCAUUCAAAAUACCAACAAUGAGCAAAUGUCAUUGGAGCUCAAGCGGCUCACUGGUGGAGUUCUGAUAUUGAGAAACAAGUUCUUUAUCAUUUUAUAUAGAGGCAAAGAUUUUCUCCCUGAUGGAGUCUUUAAUCUUAUUGAGGAGAGAGAAGCAGAGCUUGAUAAGGAACUUCUCGUGGAAGAAGAAGCUCGACUCAGUUCCACAAACUUGACCCAUACGAUGGAUGCCAUAUCACUUAGUUCUAACAGUGCUGGUACACGCAUGGAAUUUCAAAACAUUCAAACAAAUCAUGUCAGACUUAGCAUUAAGAAUCAUAGAUGUCAAGUUCAAAUUGAAGCUGAAAAGGAAAAAUUGGAGAAGGAACUAAGGCUCAAUGAGCAUAGGCUUUUCAUUCUUAAUCAGAAGAUUGAGAAAUCCAAUCAAUUGUUGAGCAAGCUUAGUUUGUCAUGGUGCCCUUCCGACCAAAUUGCUGACCAGGAAAUAUUGACGGAAGAGGAGAGGCAGGCUUUUCGUAAAAUUGGCUUGGCCAUGGAUGAAGUUAUAUUGCUAGGUAGGCGUGGAAUCUAUAACGGGGUAAUUGGAAGUAUUCAUCAGCACUGGAAACAUAGAGAAGUUGUGAAAGUAAUUACCAAGCAAAAGGCAAAGUACCAGGUUAAUUAUUCUGCAAGAUUGCUUGAAGUGGAGUGUGGUGGGAUACUGGUGGCUGUGGAGAAACUUAGAACAAGCCAUGCAAUAAUUAUCUACCGUGGAAAGAACUACGCUCGUCCAUUGCAGCUGCCCGACAAUAUUCUGACUAAAAGAGAAGCAUUACAAAGAUCAAUUGAGAUCCAGCGUCGUGGAUCCUUGAAACAUUUCUCACUGCAAAGAGAGAAAGCAAUCAGGAAAUUAAAACAGAGACUGAGAGCUUUAGAGCGGAAGAGCAGUGAAAUGACGAUUUGUUGAACAAACAAUUCUCUGAAUUAUGAUUGCUUAUGACCAGUAUCCAGGCUCAGACGCAACAAUGUCUUCUACUUUCAUUUCGCCAAGGUAAAUACCAGCAUUGAUAGACAUUUUUUGUAUUUUACAGAGUUGGUUCAUGUCGCUCCAUCAAGAUAAAUACUUACAUUGAUUGGUAUGUUUAUAUUAAAAUUUCUUAUUUCACGGAGAUGGUUCAUGUAACUCCUGUUUGACAAACAAUUGUUUUUACACUAUAAUCAAUUCAAAAUACCUGAUUGUGCUAA